UAUCUGUUUCAAACGUAAAAGUCAUAUCUCCUAACUACCCUGUUUCAUCUCACACAAAAUAUCUUGAGAGCUUUCAACUAGUUCGUUUUCAUCACUUCCACAGUAAAAUCAUGAAGCCAGUCUUCUGUGGGAACUUUGAGUAUGAUGCGCGUGAGGGUGAUCUUGAGCGGCUCUUCGGGAAACAUGGCAAAGUUGAUAGGGUCGAUAUGAAAGCUGUCCAUGAAUGAGACCAUAAGAAAAUCCAUCUCAUUGUCCCCCCAAAACGAGUCACUGCAAUGGAGAAGGCACUCUGUUGUUCCUUGGCAUAUUAAUUCCAUAAUGCAAGCUCUCUGAAGUCUGAACUUUAGUAAGAUCACCGCCCGGGAAAACAGUUGGAGGCUGGUAGGACACCAAUCCACAAACUGAAUGGUUCGUUUUGUCUUCAUGGUUGCAACCGCAGCUCUUUGGGAGCAACAUACAUUAGACUACAAGCCAUGUAUUUUCGCUGUGUAUGUCGCCUGUGGUGAGGCGAUAAGGUCCUUGCCAAGCGCCAUGGCUGGCGGCAAAAGCGAGCGCUAUUUUUGUUCAGGUUUUGCUUUCGAGUACAUUGAUAACGAAAGGGAUGCUGAAGAUGCAAUCCAAGGCCUUGACCGUAUUGAAUUUGGGCGUAAAGGACGCAGACUCCGUGUUGAGUGGACAAAGGGUGAACGUGGAGGUGAUAGAAGAUCUGGCGGUGGUGAUUCAAGGAUAUCCUCAUCCAGCAUGAGACCUUCCAAGGCUCUCUUUGUGAUUAACUUCGACGCCGAGAACACAAGGACACGGGAUCUAGAGAGACACUUUGAGCCGUAUGGCAAAAUUGUAAACGUUAGAAUCAGGAGAAACUUUGUGUUUGUCCAGUACGAGGAGCACGAGGAUGCCACGAGAGCACUGGCUGUUACUAAUAACUUUAAGGACACAGUCCUGAGAGACGCCCUGAAUGGAGAAGGCGGUCACCUAGUCCUUGCAAAGAGAAAAAGAGGAAGCCCUGACUAUGGCAGAGGGGGUAGUCCGGUUGCUGCAUACAGAAAGGAGCGAACAAGUCCUGGUUAUGGGAGAAGACGUAGCCCAAGUCCUCCUUACAAGAGAUCAAGGCGUGGCAGUCCGGAGUAUGGUGAGAGCCCGAGGAGGAGGGAGAGGAACAGUCGUAGUCCUGACAACAAGAGAAAGACGUUGAAGAAGGAAAGCCCAAGUGGUGAAGUGGAAAGCCCAACUGAAAGGAGGGGGAGAUGGAGGCUACAAUGGUGCUGAAGCUGUAUAGUAGUGAUGUAGCGUACAUCCUUAUUCCUCUAUGCUUUGGUUUCCCUUUUGUUUUGUUUUAGAUAAACAUUAGUUUUCCUUAAUAGAUUAUGAUUAAGACUUAGGAUAAAAGAUUAGAUUCUAAUCCCUAAGGACUUAGGACUUUUCACCUUGUUAUAUAUAGUGAUCUAUUGAUUUGUAAAAGACACAACUUGAUUAUUAAAAUUUAUAAA